ACGGAUAGAGCGCUGUCAACUUCAACUUGACGUUUCUCACAAUGUGUCUUCUCCGCCAAGUGUUCGCACCUUCUUUCCAUGACACACGUCCACACUCUAUGGUCACCACACAUCUGGAGAGUCACCGACGUCUAACAAAUGAUGCUUCAUUGAACGUUCCGAGCCCUUGGAAGAACAUUCUCUUCGCGACUCAGGGAGCGAACUGGGCAAAUCUAUUUCAAAGCCCCUGGAAUAGCGACCUCGAAGCCUUAAAUCGCGCUCGUAAUAACGUAAACCGUGGUUGACCUACACACGCACCCACUUACGAUCAUUCAUGGGAUCUCCAGCUAUCCCGACAUUCCAGCGCUCGAUCCCGCCCUCCGCUGCCCACGGGCCGCUUCUGCAUACAUCCAGCAAUCUUUAAACGCGCCCACGGCGCUCACUUCCCUGCGUCCCUUUUUGACUCUGUCCCGCUUCUGCUUGCAGCCAUGAGCACCCACACCCCAGACGAGUACCAGGGCGCUACACCCCCGCGGAUAUCCAUAGUGUAUCUCUGCCUCCAGACAGGCCUCUACGCGUUUGCACUCGCGUUGACCGCGUUCCGGCUGUGGAUUCGCAGGGGGCGAUACUGGUGGGAGGACAUACUCGCUUUGGUCGCGGGGGUGUUCUGCGUCCUCUGUAACGUGAGCCUAUGGCUCAUGUACUUUCCCGACGUUGGUGGGUUGCCUCCCAUGACUCAGGUAUUCGUGUUGGCCUCCGUCGCUGAUGGCAGGCCUGUGAUCAACCGCGCGUUCCAGUGGCUCGCCAUGGUGACAUUCGCAAAUGCUGUCUGGCUCGCACGGACAAGCAUACUCGUCUCCAUCAUGCGCGUCUCGACGAGCCCGCGCUUCUCUCUCAUCAUCCAUGCAAGCCUCGUCCUCUUUGUGCUCUUGUGGGCUGUCGAGUUCUCCUCCAAGAUGUGGCUCUGCGGGCGCAACCUCACGUACGCGUGUCAAACUUCACUAGUGUACGAGGACAUCAUCAUCAGCUUGGACGUCGCAAGCACAUUCAUCCUCGUCGCGCUCCCACUUUUCAUGCUGUGGAACGUCAAGCUCGCGCGCAUGCCCAAGACGCUCAUCCUCCUCGUGUUCGGCGUCGGCGUCGUCAACGCCGCCGCGAGCUACGUGCACGCCGUCUUCCUCGCGCCGCAGACGCCGCUCACGGGGAUCACGGGGAACAUCCAGUGUGCCGUCGACCUGAUUGUAUGCAACCUCCUCGUCACCGUCACGUUCGGCUACCGCGUCCUGCGGACCCGCAGGCGCCGCAACAAGAACCGGAGUACUACUACAGACACGGGCGAUAUCACGACGUCGACAGACGACAUCAGUGGCUUGGGCGCCGCGACGCGGUACACGAACAACGUCGUCGAGGGCCGUUAUGUGCUCACGACUGUCGAGCUCGAGCUCGAUUCGGCGGGCUUCGACCAUCAUUCUGGUAGCGAACGUGGACGUGAGAGCGGGCUCGGAUAUGGAAUCGAGCGGUCGGCGGAUUCGUGAUGAGAUGUUGUAAGUUAUCGAUGUAAGCAAGAUACCACCCGCGUUCGACAUCAAUGUCAAAGGUCACACCCAGGCAAGAGGGAGAAUAUGCGGAACGAACGCGAUUAUGCCCGUUAGUGGCUGGAGCUGCUAGUUGGGACUUGCAGGCUGCGUUGUGUUCCACAUACUGCCACAUGGAAUGUUGACCGCGAUGCUCUGCCUCGACGGACUAUGCAUAGUGCAUCACACCUGGGAGUUGUUCCUAAGGAACCAUUGCGCACAUGCACCUAAUAAUUUCUUGGUACACCACUGUUGGUGCCGCACGCAUACAACUUUGGUCUCUGUCGGUAGCAUACAACUUCUGUACUGGAUAUAGGCGCGAUGGCUGGGAACGAAGAAUAAACGUUCAACUUCGAG